AUGGCGAUCCCCAAAGUCGAUAAACCCCAUGAGGAGACAUCAGCGGGGCCUUCGUCAAGUGGUAAGAAGGGAUUUACAUCUUGGAUAUCAUCUCUACUUUGCGGCGGCUCUCGGGCUAAUAAGAUAGACACGCCAGUACAUGCUCGGACACGCAGAAAUGAGAACGAUUAUUACGGAUCUGGCAGCAGCCAUAGAGACGCGCAGCCUCUUGCAGUGGAUCCUUCGACUAAGGGGCCGAUCAGGACCGUAUACGACUCAAGACGAGGCAGAGGUUUGCCGGACUCUUUCUCUCCACAUCGGCUAGCGAAUAACGUCGAAGGCUGCCAGUAUCGAUCGGCAGCGGGGUCUAAGGUGCCUUCUGGGGACUUGUUACCUGCGGUUACGUCACGAACUCAUCCCGAGAUGCGCAUGAGCUCUAGAGAGAUGCGUGAUAUAUUCAAGUCGAUGGCAAGACUAGCUGACCAACGACGGCUCACGGGGAAGCAUGUGCAGAAAGGUGGCAAACUGAUCUGUGUCGGUGUCAACAAGAACGACCUCGAAAGGGCACAUGUCCACGUACCUCUUUCUAAGGCGUAUCCUUGGCUCACUAAGAGCUACUCUUACGGGCCCAUUGGGGGAACGCUAGUUACGGUAUCAUUCAUCGUGUAA